UGCUGAAAUCGCAGUCUCAUACUAGGGCAAUUCGUGUGAUUCAUUCGUAGUGGGCUGUGGAGUUUCCUUGACAAUUGUUAGUGAAACGUUGGAAAGAUAACAAUAAUGGUUAACUACAUAUUAUCUGGCUAUUAAAGGGACCCACAAUGUAAAAUGGCAGGUACAAUUUCGAAGUUUAUGUUCUACUGGAAUUCCUCAUCUCCAGGGUAUUCUGUGAUACCUCUUGUUUUGAAGGGUUAGCUAGAUAUGUCUUCCAACGCUAGUGCGGAAGAGCAACCUCUGUUGACUGGCAGCAAUAUGGGUAAAGGACUGAGCUGGGAAAAGCAAGACCACAGGGACCAUGUGGCAGACAUGCAUAUUCAUGUAGAUAGUCUACACAAUGGACUUAGUAGGCGUGAUAAAAAUGGCGAAGCCCAUGGCUCUCAGGAUGGCACAGUCAAAAUUAAUCUUCCUCCUCCAGAAAGAGAAGAACCUCGCUUUCCUCCAGAAAAAUGGAAGACUUUUUUAAGUUUUGUUUAUCUGACUCUCAACAUGGCCUGGACAUUGACUGUUUUGUCUAUUGUGCAUGAGCGAAUGCCAGACAGGACCAAGUAUCCUCCUCUUCCAGACAUAUUUUUUGAUGUUUUCCCCCCAGUUGACUGGGCGUUAGAUGUAUCUGAAUUUAUAAUCAUUGUCUCCGUGUGGUUAACUGUACUUAUGAUAAUCAUGCACAAACAUAGGUUUAUCAUUUUGAGAAGGUGUUUUGUAAUAAUUGGCCUUCUAUACUUUAUGCGCAGUAUUACAAUGUUUGUUACUCAAGUCCCUGUUGCCAGCACAACAUAUUAUUGCUCUCCAAAAGCCAAUUCAACAAGUCCACUUCUUAUUGUAAAAAGAGUCCUUUAUAUGAUGUCAGGGUUUGGAUUAUCUAUUAAUGGCAAACAUACUUUUUGUGGAGAUUACAUUUACAGUGGCCAUACAGUGGUACUGACUAUGGCCUAUUUAGUAAUUAGAGAAUAUAGUCCAAGGAGAUUUGUAAUUUUCCAUUGGAUAGUAUGGCUGUCAAGCUGUACAGGAGUGUUUAUGGUGCUCUUAUCUCGGGGUCAUUAUACUGUUGAUGUUGUCAUAGGCUAUUAUGUGACAACACGAGUAUUUUGGAUUUAUCACACUAUGGCUAAUAAUGCUGCUCUCAAAGUACAUGGAAAAGAUAAUUACUUGUCACGUGUUUGGUGGUUUUAUGUAUUUAAUUAUUUUGAAAAGAAUGUUGGUGGUGUCGUGCCUCGUCAAUAUGAGUGGCCCCUUUCCUGGCCUCGCAAGUUUUCCCGUCACACGCGAAUAUCCUAGCACAGUUGAAUAUGUGGUUAGCAAGGAUGUCGCUGAUGUUCUUCACCUAGCCACACUACUCUGACAUCAUAUAAAUUACAAGCUAUUCUAUAUUUUGUUUUGUAUAGAAAAAGAGAUCUGAACUCAUCUAUAGUGUAAGAAAUAUAUAUAUAUAUAUAUAUAUAUAUAUAUAUAUAUAUAUAUAAAAUUUUUAAAACUUUACAUAAUGGAUUAUUUGCUGCAGCAAAGGAAGGUGCAAGAUUCAAAGAAGGGGAAAUUAAAGAAUCAAUAUAGACACUGUCCUCGAAUUUUUUUUUUUUUUUUACUGUGUUCUCAUAACCUUCAUUCCUUUAAAUACCUCAAGCUAAUUUUUUACAAAGAACUUUUCUUAUAGAAUAUUUUCACUUUUAAUUAAUUACAAAGUGUCUUAGGUUAAAAGUAAUUAAUAUAUAUAUAUAUUUGUGUAUGUAUGAACUAGUACUGUUUUCUCUCAUAUUUCUGUAAGUACAGUUCUGCUUUUUACACAUGUCAACUGGAUGAAAAUAAUUUCAAAGUGUCUGAACUGUGUUUUGUGUUCAGAGAAACCUUGAGUCUGAAAGUGCCAUCAACAAAAUAUCUCUCAGAAGUCAACUUUGUAGACAAAAUGAAAAAGUUUCUGCAGUUAAAUGUGGUUUUGAUGGUUUUACUUUGAGAGACUAUGUAUUCCCCCAAGUUAUUAGUUGCAUUUUAGGUAAUUAUUUAUUAAAUGCUUUUUACAAAUGUUAAAACUUUUAGUAUUUAUGAAUUUGUGUUUUUUGGAAGAAAAUAUUUAUAUAGUUCUUCAGAAAGUCAAAAACAUGUUACCUUCAUAUUUAUAUAUAGGAGCUUCUACUUGUCUUGCAGUAUUUAUUAUAUCAGAGCAUUGAAACUUAUCAGUGUACAGGAAAAAAAGUAUAUGCAGAAAAAUAGGUCUUACUUAUUGAAAUAAUGUACCUUUGUAAAUGUACUAAAUGGAAAAUUUCAUUUUUGAAUGUCAGGAUAUUUUGUGAAUUUUUUGUCUGAAUAUUUAGAUGUAUGUUUUUCUCUGUGAACUAUGAAUCAAAUUUUGAUGAAUAGUUUUAAUGUGAUGAAAAUAAGUUUCUUAAGCACAUUCAUUUGAAGAAAACCAUCAUAAUUAGUUGAACAUGUUGUCUUUUAUGGUGUGGAAAAUUAAUAGAAAUUGAUAAUGAAUGGUUCAGUUUUCUGUCUUUAACAUGAGCAUAUCCCGAAUAAAUUAAUUGAUAACAGUUAAAUACUAGCACUUUUAAAUUAAUAAUGAUGUGAAUAAUAAUUUUAUUCUGGUGAAAAAACAACAACAUUUUCAUUUAUGAAGGUCCCAAUGAAAUAACUAGUAUAUCACUAUAACUGAAAUACAUGAUGUUAAAAUAUAAUGAUGUAAUUUGUAUAAACUGCAGAAACCAUUUCUAUAAAAAUAAAACAAAAUAUUAGCAAAAAUAAAUGGAAAUCGGUGUAUGCAAAAUGCAACAAUAUCUGUAGAUAAAAUUUGUGCAUGGAAAAAAUUUUAAAAAAAAAUAAUCCUACUAACUAUGCUGUGAUUACAGAGUUUGUUUGUUUUUGAGACAAUAUUAAUUUUUUUAAUUAUAAAAAUGAAUAAUUUAGAAGGAAUCUGGUCAGCUAUGAUUAUUAUAAUGCAAAUAUAUUUAUUAAGUAGUAUUUCCAUCUAGCACAUUUUCUAAGUCAAAAUAUGAAGCAUAAUUUAGGUUUUAAAUUGAAGUAGUUGAUAGAUGAAUCAUAAAUAAGAGUGCAUCCUAUACUGUUAUCCUGUUAAUUUAUAUUAUUUAAUACAUACAUUGUAUUAUAUAUACCAAUACUUAACAUUCAUAAAAUCAGUCAGAAUCUGGUAAUGUUUAUACUAGGCUAUUUUCCAAGAUGAGGAUUUCUAUAUAAGUGUACUACAUUUUAUACUGCAUUAGUACAGUGAUGCAAUAUCUAUUGUGGGUGUUGGAUCUGAAGAUGGAUCACAUAUGCUUUUCAUUAAAGUCUAUGGGCUGUUAAAGUUGUGAUUACUGUACAAAUUAUUUUUUGUGUAGAUUCUAAUAAUACUGAGCUCUCAAUUAACUACAGAUGAUAGCUAUGUUAAUCCAAAAAUAGUUAAAAAGUCAUGGAGGGGAAAACAUCUGUGUUAUAAUUAAUAGAAAAACAAUGUUAACUUGUAUUUUUAAGCAGUUUUAGAGAUAAGGUUUCAUUUGGUUGCUCAAGUAAAAUCAGUAUACCCCCCUUUUUUUUUAAAGUUUUCGUUUACAUUAUUCUUGCCUGUUGAUAGGAGUCGAUUUAAAACAUAUGUCUGUAUCAAGAUGUACAUUUAUUUUUACUAUUUAAAAAUUUAUUUUUAAUCCAUAAUUUAAUAGUGUUUAUAUAUCCAGAUCAUUUUCAAAUAAAUUGCAUUAACUUACCAUCAUUUGCUAUUCCUGUUAUUCCCCCUUUUAUAUUAUUUGUAGAUAGUUUUCUUUAAUGUGGAUGGCUUGUGAUUGAAAUUUUUCCAUCACUCUGCAAUAAACAAGUGUAACUUUUUUGACAAGGUCUCCUUUAUUUGCUUAACCGCAAUAAAUUUAACUAACUGACAUCAUGGUAAAAUUACUGCCCUCAUAGCAACAGUUUUGAAACAAGUUAUAUAUAUGUCAUCACCCCAAAAGUUGUUAUCCAAGAUAAAGUAACUAACAAUAAUAAGCUCCUCACAAUAUGUAUGUUUUUAUCACCAGCAUAUUUCCAUUUACUGGUAAUGGUAUUUCUGAGAUAUUUUGUGACAGAAUGAAUUUGGGCAGAUUUUUAUUAUUCACAUUUUCCAAGUCCUAGGUCCCUCACAGUAAAGUGUUUGAUAAUUCAAUAAUGCAGAAAGCACUCUCUUUGGAAUUCCAUUUUCUUCUUGCCUGAGUUGUGGCAAUUCUUUACAGCACAUUAUGAAAUGUGAGAAAUAACAUCAUAAUGAUAAUUUGUGUAUUUUUUCAUAGAUAACUUAUGCUUUCUUCCUUCAUUGUCUUUUUAAAUAUUUCAUUGAUAUCUGUGUAAUAACAAGAGAAUUGAUUUCUUUUACUACAUACAUUCAUAGAAGAUAUUACACAAAUGCAUCAUUCAGUGUAUUGAGAAUAUUUUUUGUAGUUUAUGUAUUUCCACUGUAAAAAAAAAAUACUUUCUUCUUUAACUCUGCAUACUUUGUCUAUUGCUUGAAAAAUAAGAUGAUGGAAAAAAUAUCUUUGUGGGUGUAAUUACAAUAUAAUAAUUUGCCCACAUUGGUUUAGUGCAAAAAUAUUCUAUACAUACAUAUGUAUAUAUAAUCAUGUUGCUUUUUUAGUGAAUUGAUAUGUGAAAUAAGAUUUGCAAAUUAAUAAUUACAGAGAAACUAAUUCAUGUUUAACUUUUUAUAUUGUGACAUAAGCAAGAAAUGAAAAUUGAUAUGAAUUGCUAAAUUUUAUGUAUUUUGUAUAAAAUAUCCUGUGCAUUUAUCAGUAUUUUGAAUAACUAUCAAUAUCCUACCUCUAUUUUUGAUAAUCAUGAUGUUUUGAAAAUUUUAUUGGAUUUCUUCUUUUAACUUUUACAAAAGAAAAAAAUGCCAAGUUGAGGGAUUAAUGCUUUAAUAUAAGAAACAUUAAAAGAAGAAAUGGUAGUUCUUAUUAUAAACAAAAUUAUUUUUUAGAAAAUUUCCAAAUGAAAAGUUUUGUUGUGAAAUUGAAAUUUAUGAAUAUUUUAAAUAGUCAGAAAUUCAAGAAUUAGUUAAAAAAAAUAUUUGUAUUUGAAAAAUUAAGCAUAUUGACUAGUUUUUCAGUCAUUUGUGUGUCACAGUUUCAUUGUGGAAGUUUAUUCUAUUUGCCAUUCAUUGUGUUCCCUUCAUUUAAGUUACUGGAAUACUUGAAAUACUGAUUGAUGCACUUGCAAUGCGUAUGGGCUGAGGAGGAAUUUAAAAGAUUAUUCAAAGUAUGUAAAAGCCAAGUUUAUUGGUUUCCAAACAAAUAUUUUGCAUUGUAUAUUUUGAUUAAAUUGAACAUGAUAUGUAUAUAAAUUGUAAGAAUAUAGUUUUUUCCAUCAGUUAAAUCUUUUUUUAUUCCAAUAAAUUUUAUAGUUAUAAAUA